AUGGCUAAAACCAAGAAGAGAAUAGGCAAGCAGGUAGAGCCAAAUCAGUCUAGCAAUGCUACCCCAACACCAAAAUUGACAGCAUCUUCGCCACAUACAACUCAUGUGAAAAGUAUAUUCAAAAACUCCCCAGCAUAUGAUUUAUUACAUUAUUUUGAAAAAGCACCUGAUCAAUGGGCAGCCAGAUAUAUUCUCGUCUUGAGUUCAAUCAUAUUACGUACGGCAGUGGGUCUUGGAGGUCAUUCGGGCUACAAAAACCCACCAAUGUAUGGUGAUUUUGAAGCACAAAGACACUGGAUGGAAUUGACAAUUCAUUUACCCACUUCUGAUUGGUACUUUUUUGAUCUUCAAUAUUGGGGGUUAGAUUAUCCACCCUUAACAGCUUACCAUAGUUGGAUCUUGGGUAAAUUGGGCACACUCAUCAACCCUAAUUGGUUUUUUUUGAAUACUUCACGAGGAUUAGAAACUAGUGAUUUAAGAUUUUUUAUGAGAGUUUCCAGUAUUGUUAGUGAAUUGGCGUGUUAUAUCCCGGGAGUGCUACUCUUGGCAAAUGUAUUUGGUAAGAAAUUCAAUCUUAGUCGAAUGGAUCAAAUAAUCUUUGCCUUGAUCAUAUUAACCCAACCACAUUUGAUCUUGAUUGAUCAUGGCCAUUUCCAAUACAAUUCAGUAAUGUUGGGGUGUUUUGUAUACACAAUUGUUGAAUUGGUUCAAAACCAUUUAGUCAUGGCCAGUAUAUGGUUUGUCUGUUGUAUCAAUUUCAAGCAAAUGGGAUUAUACUACUCAGUUUUCAUAUUUUUUUACAUAUUGAGUCAAUUGAGAAAAUUUAAAGAUUUGGUGGCUGUGGGGUUGGCAGUUCUUGUUACUCAAUUGAUAAUCUUGCUUCCCUUUGCCUCUCAUUGGACAACUACUUUACCACAAAUUGUUCAUCGUGUUUUCCCUUUCAAUCGUGGACUAUUUGAAGAUAAAGUUGCCAAUUUUUGGUGUACAACUAAUGUCUUGAUCAAGUAUCGAGACUUGAUUUCAUCAUCGCAACUUUCCAAAUUGUCAUUAGCUGCUACGUUGUUAUCAAUCGUGCCAGUAAAUAUUUACAUUUUCUACAAGUUGACCCAACGGCAACAACCACAACCACCAUCUUCGUCAUCAUCAUCAACUUUAUCUAUCAAUGAUAAAACCCGUAUUUCAGCAAUAGUAUACGGAUUCGCAUACAACGCAUUGUCAUUCUACUUGUUUUCCUAUCAGGUUCAUGAAAAGUCAAUCUUGCUUCCAUUAUGUCCUAUUUUGUUGCUUCUAUUGAUUGACCAACAUGACAUCACCAUGAUUCAAUGGAUAAACAACGUGGGCACGUUCAGUUUAUACCCAUUGCUCAAAAAGGAUGACUUGAUACUACAAUAUUUCGUAACCAGUAUACUUACCAAUUGGCUAAUCGGAUUCAAACUCGUAUUGCCAUCUUUUGAAAAGCGAAACAUGAACAAUUUGGUUAUUGCAGCAACUUAUGCUGCCAUGAUAUUUUAUCAUGUCAUUGAUUUCAUGUUUGAUCCUCCAGCAAAGUACCCUGAUUUGUGGGUUAUAUUAAACAUUGCCAUUUCAUUUGCAGCUUUCGGAUACACGUGGUUGUGGUUGAUUUAUAAGAUCGUGAAGUUGUGA